UUUUUACCUUAUUCCUUAACAUCACUCCACUUGAUCAUCCAAAAAAAAUAAAGUGCUCACAAUGGUGAACCGUCGAAGCAUUGACUUUGUGGUGCGAAUGUUGAAUGCAUCUGUGUUCCAUUUGUCUUUCCCAUUCUUUCUCAUCCCUUGUAUCAAACUCUAUGGUAUCACGAACGAAGGCCUAGCAUUCCAGCUGGCAGCUGUUUAUGGAGUCUUGCUCUUUACUAUCAGAUUGGCCUAUUGGUUACAUGAUCGUAGUCAGCGCCAAGAUGGCAAGAUUGACUGGGACGAUGAAAUUGUAUUGAUCACAGGAGGUGCUAAUGGAGUAGGCUAUCUCCUUGCGGAAGCAUUGGCUAUUCGACACAUCACAGUUGUUGUUCUUGACAUUCAUCCUGUUAAAACUGCAUUGGAUAUUGAGAGUUACAUCUGCGACGUAUCAAAUCCCGAAGACAUUGUCCGUGUUGCCAAAGAGAUCCGUGAGGAUGUGGGUGAACCUACUAUCCUAGUCAAUAACGCCGGUAUCGUUCAUGGAAAACCAAUCCUUGAUCUGUCAGUUGAUGAUAUCAAGAAGACACUGAAUGUGAAUUUUUUCGGUCAAGCCUGGAUGAUCAAGGAAUUUUUACCAGAUAUGAUUAAAAAUAAUCAUGGACACAUUAUUACAAUUUCGUCCGCAAUGGGAAUGAUGGGAGCACCACAAAUUGCGGACUAUGCUGCGUCAAAGGCUGCUGCAAAGUCAUUCCAUGAGGUACUUGAAACCGAAAUCAGAUAUGUUUACAAGACCCCUGGUGUGAAGACAACGUUGGUCUGUUGUGGGAAAGUGGAGACAGGGAUGUUUCAUGGGGUGAAAGAAAAUCUACCCUUCUUCACACCUCCCUUAGAACCCUUGGAAGUAGUUCGAAAGAUUAUUCGGUCCAUGGAAGAAAGACGAGGUCGAAACCAGAUUAUGAUGCCAUUCUAUGUUCAUUUUGUCCCAUUGGUCUCGAUUACUCCAGCAUGGUUUCAGGAUCUGGCUAGGACAAUCAGUGGUGCUGAUAAGGCCAUGGAGACUUUUGUUGGUAAAAAGGGUUUUGUUCAGGAGAAAUUGAUUGUAGAGCCAAUCGAGUUGGAUAGCAAUAACGGUAGUAAAAAUAGUGAAGCAGAUAAAGAUAAAUAAGUAUAGACCAAGUUCAAUCUUGUUG